AAACUGCAUAGUUGCUUCUCUCCCUCCGUGCACGUCUGUGCAUGGCUAUGGUUAUUCCACAACAGUCUCAGUGGGAGAGUAAAUCCUGACUAUAGGUAGUUUGGCCGAUGAGUGGUGGAGCGGAUGGCGUACAGUGGAACGCGCCCUUGUCGUCCUCUACCUCCAACAACCAACAUCCCCCAAAUUCGGGCCAGGCUCCCCAACUGAGAUUUCAGAACUUGCAAAAUAAGGAGUGGAUCAGAACGAUCGAUGCGUUCGAGAUACUCGACGUGUUGGGCGAAGGGACCUUUGGGAGGGUUUUGAAGGGGAGAGACCGCGCCACGAAUGAACUGGUCGCGCUCAAAAAGAUCAAAGACGAGGUCGGUGUCGAUGGCUUUCCCGUCAGCGCGCUCCGAGAGAUCAACAUUUUGAAGAAGCUGCGCGACAUAAAGAAGACGGACAAUGUCGUGCUCCUCAAGGAAAUCAUCACCUCUAGAGAUUCGUCGAAUCAACAGGACAAGGGACACAUUUUCCUCAUUUUCGAGUACAUGGACCACGAUCUAGCGGGCCUGAUGGAAAUGCAUUACGACCUCGUUUUCAAGCCGGAGGUGAUCAAGUGUUACUUUCAGCAGCUGCUCAAGGGCAUAUACGACCUGCAUGUAAAUCGCAUACUGCAUCGAGACAUCAAAACGAGCAAUUUGCUCGUCAACAACAAGGGCAUAUUGAAAAUCGCCGACUUCGGUCUGGCGAGGCCCCUGUGUUCUACGAUGACCGCCUACACCGCCAACGUCAUUACGCUCUGGUACCGCCCGCCGGAGCUGCUGAUGUGCGACGAGAACUCGAAAAGGGCCAAUUACACGACUCACGUAGACAUUUGGAGCGCGGGCUGCGUUUUCGCGGAAAUGCUGUUCAGACGGUCCCUCUUUAAGGGCCAGGACCGACUCGAGCUUCUGGAAAGGAUAUUUUCGAUCCUCGGCACCCCCACGCCCGAAACUGCCCCCGAGCUGCUCUCUAGGGAGGAUUGGCGCGACUUCAAGCCAGAAAAAAUUUACGUACCACAACUGCAAAGAAUGUGUACAGAACGAAAUUUCCCCCCGUACACCUACGAGCUCCUGAGCGGCUUGCUGGCCUACGACCCCUCCAAGAGACUGCGCGCCGCAGAGGCGCUGGACUCCGACUACUUCUGGAAGGAGCCACUGCCCUGCAAGCCGAUAGACAUCCCGCCCUCUACCUCUGCUCACGAAUACGACGUCAAAAAGAGAAAAGAGAUGAAGCAAAGCCGACAUCCCCCCUCGUCGCAGCAGCCUGCGCAGACGCGCCUCUAUCGCCAGCCCAUGAUCUAUCCGCCAUACACCUGUCACCAGUAUCCCCCGCCGCCCAUGCAGCAGUUCCAACAGCCCUAUUCUUCUUCUUAUGCGCCCUAUCACCAGCAGUACAAGUCCUCGGCCACCGGGCAGGCGCCUCGACGCACCUACCAGGCCCGCCCCGGCACCGCGCGUCAGGGCUAUCGCCAACCCUACGUCCAGCGAGCCCCGUGGGAAGGGUCGAAGAGGUCCUACCCGCCUCCCGAGCAACAGGGCCACCAGUCGCUGACCCCAUCGCAGUCGAAAGAGAGUCAAGAGGCAAAUUUUUCUCGUCGCCACCCACCCUCCUAUCGAAGCGUACUGGACCCGUCCGCACCGCAGUCGGAUCACUCUGGCAGCAGAGAAGGCGCCCCCGUCCCCGGCGGCGACUCCAUCCGACUCAAACGGAUACAGAACAGCAACUGCGCAGUCUAGCGGCCCCCCUCCGUCUAAACGACCCAAGUCGGACGACCCCGCCGCCCCCCGAGCGAAAACCCCUCCCACGACGCAACCGCCGAAGUGAACGGACGAGCGCGAAACGCCCCAAACGGUAGACCCCCCAGCGACUCGCCCAAUUUUGACUCCGUCACGCACGCGCGUGUGUGUAUACAUAUGUAAUUGUCGAUAGCACGUGUGCGACACACAGCCAUGUAAAAGAGACGCAUCUCUCUCGCGCAGGCUCCCUCCUCGACGCCGCCCCUCGAGAGAUGGCCGCGCAGUGCCCCCCCGGCGCUCGAGCGGUUGCCGGGGAGCCAGCGAGAGAUACGCUUUUUUUUUUUUUCGCACACACACACCCGCGCGGCAGUCACUUUUCUUAUGCCUUUCUGAAGACCGUCUCAGAGAGGCACCGUUCGAC